AAGACUGAACGAUGCCACCGAAGAAAAAUAAUCGAAAAUGGAAAGUUUCUCGUGGUGGUGGACAUAAGUUUACAAAUCCACGACAACUUUCUGGUACAGGAAAUGAAGAAGGAAUGUGGGGUUAUCGAGAUAAGAAAGAAGACGAUUCUGAGGAAGAAAGUGAAGAUGAAACGCCUAAUGUUUCUUCUAGUAAAAUUGAAAAAUCUAAAAAUAAAAAGAAUUCUCAAGGAUCUGAUAAGGACGUAUCAGGUGAAGACGAUGGUGAUAUCGAAGACGAUGAUGAUGACGAUGACGAUGACGAUGAUGAUGAUAAUCGUUCAAAAUUAUCAUCAUUGAGCAUUAUUGAUAUAGAAAAUCCAAACAGAACUAAAAAGGAUAAUUUGAAAGCUUCUGAUAUAAAAGAUACACCAAGAGAAAUGACUCGGAGGGAAAGAGAAGCUGCUGAAAAAGCGGCCUCACAACAAAGAUAUUGGAAACUUCAUCAGGAGGGUAAAACUGAACAGGCUAAAGCUGAUUUAGAGAGGUUAGCCAUUAUUAAGAAACAACGUGAAGAAGCUGCUUUAAGAAGAAAAGCAGAACAAGAAGCUAAAGCUGAAGCACAUAAAGCUAAGAUAGCGAGCCAAGGACGCAAAAUUAAAAAAUAAUGACAAAUUUGUAUAGAAUAUGAAAAAAUAAUGUUUAAUUAUUUAAUUAUUUGUUU